AUGCAAGACCCUAGAGGUAUGGGACGAGAGGAUUUCUCGGCCUCGAAGUCACAGAAGAGGAAGGUUGUGUACCGGCCUUUGCCUUCAGUCCAGAUAAAAACUGAACCUGAACUGCUGCGGAGAGACAUUCCACAUUCGUUGGCCAAUACACAGAAGCCACCUAAGAGAAGCUUCAGGAGUGAGCCCCGCCCUCCCACGCCGCAGUCUGACAGAGGAACUCCGGACUCUCUACCAGAUUCUGGUCCUGCGGAUGAAUAUCGGGCGCUACGGAGGAAGUACAUGAUGCUGGAGGAAGAGAACUACACGCUGGAUGCACAAUUAGGCAUGGCAGAAGAGGAAGCCAAAACUCUCGAGGAUGAGAAGUUUGCAUUGCUGGAUCAGCUUGUUGUCUUGGAAGGUCUUGUGGAGGAGCCUUCACAGCUGCAGCCACAGCGAAGGCUAUAA